AAGAGGACUCCAUUAUAAUCUGGAUGAGAAAAAUGUCAAAUCUUCCGCGGAACGAACAAAACUUGAGCCUUUUGUAGCGUCGUCAUUGCUUACACUUGUGUCCGUGUCAUGUUCAUUGAAAUUUCAGUCCUCUAAGGCUUGAAUUUCCCUAUAAAUUCAUUUCCUUUUGGCCCAAGUAGCUACGUCUUCAGAGAGAGAGAGAGAGAGGGGGGAAACGGUGCGCUGAGAUUUCGUCUUAUCAAGUAAUCAAAAAAAUGGCGGAAGUGAAGAACAAGCAAGUGGUUCUAAAGGAGUAUGUGUCUGGACUCCCCAAGGAAUCCGACUUUCAAUUGGUUGAAGGUUCCAUCGCAUUGAAGGUUCCAGAAGGUUCGAACCAGAUUCUGCUCAAGAAUCUUUACUUAUCCUGCGAUCCCUACCAGCGAAUGAUGAUGAACGAAACAAUUUCUUCCAUAUUUGGUACUUACACGCUUGGCGCUCCGAUACAUGGAUAUGGUGUGGCUAAAGUUCUUGAAUCUGGACACCCUGACUAUAAAAAGGGUGAUUUAGUUUGGGGAUAUGUUAUAUGGGAGGAAUACAGCUUGGUGCCCCCAACUCAAAUACAUUUCAAAAUUGAGCACAACGAUGUCCCGCUUUCCUACUAUACAGGAAUUCUUGGUAUGCCAGGAAUGACUGCAUAUGCUGGUUUCUUUGAAAUUGGAUCUCCCAAGAAGGAAGAUCGUGUUUUUGUCUCAUCUGCAUCUGGUGCAGUCGGUCAACUUGUUGGGCAAUUAGCGAAACUUCUAGGCUGUUAUGUCGUCGGAAGUGCUGGUAGUAAAGAGAAGGUGGAGCUAUUGAAAAAUAAAUUAGGAUUUGAUGAAGCUUUUAACUACAAGGAAGAACCUGACUUGGACGCAGCAUUGAAAAGGUACUUCCCAGAAGGCAUUGACCUUUACUUUGAGAAUGUCGGGGGUAAAACACUCCAAGCAGUACUUUUGAACAUGAGAGUCCACGGGCGAAUAGCCGUUUGUGGAAUGGUCUCACAGUAUAAUCUUGAUCGACAUGAAGGCAUAACAAAUUUGGUGCAGCUCAUUUUUAGGAGAAUUCGUAUGCAUGGAUUUAGUGUACAUGAUCAUUAUCACCUCUAUCCCAAAUUCUUGGAGUUCAUUCUACCUCUUAUCAAGCAAGGGAAAAUAGUGUAUUUGGAAGACAUAGUUGAAGGCCUUGAGAAUGGCCCUGCAGCUUUGGUUGGCCUCUAUAGUGGUCGCAACAUUGGAAAACAAGUCGUCGUUAUUGCUCAUGAGUAAUGUCAGGGAUGCAGAUCCUCUACAUUCAGUAAGUACGUGCAUUUUGUAGAUGUAGAUCGUUGCAACAGAAAGAAGUGCUCUCUAAGUGAAUUUGGCUACAUGGAUCAUACAAUGCAUUCAUUUAGUAAGUUUAUCUUGUUGAUUUAGAGGGCUAAUAAAAACGUAAGAUGUGGGUGAAGAUAGGAAAAAUGAGUAUUGCAUAGGCAUGUUUGGUAUACAGAAAAAUGUUUUCUAAAACAGAAAUUAAAGAUACAUCUAGAAAGAAAAUAAAAUAGGUGCAUUUUUCUUUUUCUUUUUCUUUUUUUGGCAAAGACUUUUCUACCUACUAAACAUUACUUGUGUGUCUUAUCUGUUUCUUAAAUGUAUGAUGAUGCAUUAUAGUAGAGAUUAUUAUUGUAUCUGGAGUUGCCUUCUUGGUU